AAAACUCCUCUACCCCGUCUUCCGUGCGCAAAUACCACGAACCAUAUUCUUGGGACAGUUCCACAAACAACUAUACUUGAGGGUGACACUUGCCAAUCAUCUACUCAAUCACAGUAACCUACCUCUAGUGCAACAAGCAUCAACGAAAAAUGGUCCAACUCGUACAAACAACCUUCGCCUUCCUCGCCCUUGUCCUCACCCUCUCCACCGCGGCCCCUCUUGGCCUCACCGCCGCAUCCACUUCCGCCCUUUCCCACUCUCGCACCCUCACCCAAAAGAGCUUCUCCGGCACCGGCCAGAUCCGUACCCUCUGGGACGGAAGCAGCCACGACGACCUCGGCUGCCUCACGGCUUCCGGGCGCUGGACAACCGACGAGAACCUCUGCGGCACCUUCGUCGCCGUGCGCAAGGAUGGAGACUCGAUAGGAGCCACGCAGUUUACACUGACCAGCAAAGAGGCCGGGCCGUGCGAGAUGUCGGGAACUACGUUUGUUUGCGAGAAGGGGAGGGACGGGUAUAGUUUUGGGAGUUGACAGCUGACGAUGGUUGGUAGAUCUGGCCAUUCCCGAACGGCGUUCCCGGAGUCGAGUGUCUGCGCUAUGGACUGUAUGGCUUGAUGGCGAGCGUGCAAGGGGGACCGCCAGAUGUGGAUGCGAAGCCGAUGGACUUGAAAUUCACUUCGUAUGUUGAGAAAGGAAAGUAUGUGUGGUUGACGUGGGGUCCAAAGCUUUGAACAGGUACGGAGAUAG